GAGCCCAGAAGAGGAUUGACGCAGCUCGGAGGAAGGCGGCUGCGGGCCAGGCCGCCCGGAAUGAAAGACCUCAGUGUCUGAGUUUCCUCCCCCGCCCCCCUCCUCCGCUCCACCGUCUCUGCCCGUAGAGUUUGUUCAGGGCGGUGGUGCACACCUGGCAGUGGAGCUUGGAGCCAAGGCCACGUCUACACUACCCUGUUCAGUGCCCCCUAGAAUUAGGCGAGAUCCUUAGCUCCAAGCGGGGAGUGGCAUCCGCACAGGCGGAACCAGCCUGGCUGACCUGGGGUGGGGCCCACUCCAGGAGUGCAGUGCUGUAACCCCAGAGCUGGGCUCAGCCUGCCUGGCAAAAGACCCCACCUUGAGGCCAUCUGCUAUAUUUCCUGCCUCCUCCCAGUUGACCUUUGUGGGAGGGAGUCAGGGGGCUGCUUACCCCAGGAGGUAUUAGUCACUGAACCAAGGAGCCAGUUUAUACCUAGUGAUGGCAGAGGGACUGGGAAGGUCUGAGUCUGAGCAGACAGAACCCCUUCCUGGGCUCUUGGAGUCCCAAGGCUGCUGCCUUGUUUCCUUCUGUCCAGAACUGUCCAGUCCCCAGACAGCUCGGGGAAGGCAGCGUGGAGCCUAGGGUUCCAUCUUCCCAACCCCCGGUCAGUUAUGGCGCUUGUGCCUCAGUCGUCUCCCCACCUGUACCAUGUGGCAGGCCUUUAAAAUCACCUCAUCUGACCCUCACACUACCACGUGAUAGUUGUACAGUUAUAAACUCCAUGGUAUAGAGUUGGAAACUAAGGCCAAGAGAGAAGUGGUCUCCAAGGCCUAAGGCCAGAAAGUGAUGGUAUCCAGUCUUGGACCAGGGCUGACUCCAGACCCACCCUAUUACCUAGGACGCACCACUGCCUCCCUGACGCCAGAGUCCAGAUCGAAGGAGGCCCUGAGCAGGCAGCCUUGGCCACCUCUGAGUCUCUGUCCUGGGCCAGGCGCGAUGGCAGAGAAGGUGCUGGUAACGGGUGGGGCUGGCUACAUCGGCAGCCACACCGUGCUGGAGCUGCUGGAGGCGGGCUAUGCGCCCGUGGUCGUCGACAACUUCCAUAACGCCAUUCGUGGAGGGGGCUCCAUGCCUGAGAGCUUGCGGCGGGUUCAGGAGCUGACAGGCCACUCUGUGGAGUUUGAGGAGAUGGACAUCUUGGACCAGGCAGCCCUACAGCGUCUUUUUAAGAAGCACAGCUUCACAGCGGUCAUCCACUUUGCUGGGCUCAAGGCUGUGGGCGAGUCGGUGCAGAAGCCUCUGGAUUAUUACAGAGUUAACCUGACAGGAACCAUCCAGCUUCUGGAGGUCAUGAGGGCCCACGGGGUGAAGAACCUGGUGUUCAGCAGCUCGGCCACCGUGUAUGGGAACCCCCGGUACCUGCCCCUGGAUGAGGCUCACCCCACAGGUGGCUGUACCAACCCCUACGGCAAGUCCAAGUUCUUCAUCGAGGAAAUGAUCCGGGACCUGUGCCAGGCGGACAAGGCCUGGAAUGCAGUGCUGCUGCGAUAUUUCAACCCCAUAGGCGCCCACGCCUCGGGCUGCAUCGGCGAGGAUCCCCAGGGCAUCCCCAAUAACCUCAUGCCCUAUGUCUCCCAGGUGGCGAUUGGACGACGGGAGGCACUGAAUGUCUUUGGCAAUGACUAUGACACAGAGGAUGGCACAGGCGUCCGGGAUUACAUCCACGUCGUGGAUCUGGCCAAGGGCCACAUCGCGGCUUUGAGGAAGCUGAAGGAGCAGUGUGGCUGCCGGAUCUACAACCUGGGCACAGGCACGGGCUAUUCGGUGUUACAGAUGGUCAUGGCCAUGGAGAAGGCCUCGGGGAAGAAGAUCCCGUACAAGGUGGUGGCCCGGCGGGAAGGCGAUGUGGCUGCCUGUUAUGCCAACCCCAGCCUGGCCCUCAAGGAGCUGGGCUGGUCAGCAGCCUUAGGGCUGGACAGGAUGUGCGAAGAUCUAUGGCGCUGGCAGAAGCAGAAUCCUUCAGGCUUUGGCGCGCAGGCCUGAGACCCUCACCUACCAGGGACCAGGAAAGGAAGAGAAACAACUGCCUGCUCUCCAGCCUCUGGCAGGAACCCAGGGGCCUCAGA